AUAUAGCUUCGUAAACCACCCCAAAGGCCCCUGGUUACCCGGACGGGUCAAAUAAGAAAGAAGAAAUAUUCACAGCAGGACUCUGACCUUGACGCCAUGAUGUUUGGUCUAUCCUAAUCGUCUCUAUAAACAAAGCGUCUGGAAAGGGACGGAACUGGAAAGGAAAGGCGGGAAAGGAAAGGGAGGAAGCAGGAAGAUCAGCAGAAAGGGCGGAAGUAAACAAAGAAGCCAUUUUGACCAAGGGCGGAAGAAGUUAGAGACAGUGAGCAAAAAAUAAAAAUAAAAAACGGAACGGAAGGGAAGAAAUCAACUAUACAAAAAGCAAGGGACCAAAAGGGGUAACGGAGGAAAACAAGGACAGCCAGGCCGAAGGGGAAGGAUUGAAACCCCAUUGAGAAUAAGUAGCGACGAGUCCAAAUUGGCGGCGGUGGCGAUCGGAGGGAUUACCAGGAUAACGAAGAACUGACGGAGGUGACAAGAGGAAAGGACAAGACAGGUGUGGAAAAUACUAUUGCUGUUAUUUAGUUAAACACUAUCAGGAAACUCAAAAUGACAGCCUCCAAGGCUAAAGGAGAUCUGCAAGGUCUCCAGAGAAGACCCUCGCUGGGUUCAGCAGAUGUAAGUUUCCGAGAUAUGAUGGCGGAAUUACAGAAAAUUUCACAGAAACAAGACUUAUUCCAGAAGGAAUUAAGCGAGAUGAAUGCGAAACAGAACUCUCAACAACAGCUAUUUCAAGAGCAGUUUGAGGAAAUCAAGAAGGAAAUAAAGGAAGAAGUAGGUCAGAUUAAAAGAGAAGUUGUACAAUUGAAAGAAGACUUUAGAAAGCUAGAAAAAGGAGAAACAAAAAGGGAAGAAGCCCAGAAAAAAAUACAAGAAAAGAUUAGGGUAUUAGAUUCUAAACAAGAGAAGUUGGCACGCAACCAAGAAAGACUAGAAGCCAAGGAAUUGGAAUACCAAUUAAGGUUUCGAAAUGUGCAAGAAGACCCAGAAGAGAAUAUAAGUCAAAUUAUAAUAGAUCUUCUAACAAAGUUACUGAAUAUAUCAACCACAAAACUAGAGCAAGAAAUAGAUCAAAUCUAUAGAAUUUCAACGAACUACUCCAGGAAAAAUAAAACUCCCAGAGACAUAAUAGUACAUCUAACUAGAAAGAAAAUCCGAGAAGAAAUAUUACGAGAAAACAGUAAAAACCCAAUAUACUACAAAGAUACAAAAGUGGCAGUGUUAAAAGAAUUCCCCCAAUCUAUGUUGAUGAAGAGGAGACAAUUUUUUUUUUAACGGAGGAACUAAAGAAGAGGAAAAUAAGAUUUAGGUGGGAAAGGAACGAGGGAAUUAUGACCACUUACAACGACCAAAAACAUUGGCUUACCUCGGUGGAUAAGGCUAAGGAAUUUUACAAGUUACUUAUGAAAGAAACGGACACACCACCAGGAGUACCGGAUAAAUCUAAAAAGACACCACCGACUCCGAGGCAAGAGAAAAAAAAAAGAGCUAGAUUUGUAUCACCAGGACAUGAAGACACAGAAACGGACCAAGACCAAGAUGACCCUGACACGGAAGAUCCAGAUAAGGACUUAGAUAAUUUCAAAUUGGACCCACACCAGAGACAAGAAGAUGAAUAAACAGCAAUUAAAGUGUAUAUCAUUAAACGUUAAUGGCUUAAACUCUCCAAAUAAAAGAAAAAAGUAUUCAACAAAUUAAGGCGUGGUAAUUAUGAAGUGAUAGCACUCCAGGAGACACAUAUAGCACAGAGGCAUAUAGCACAUUUAACAAACAAAAGAUUAGGUAAGGAAUUCCUCUCCUCUUUUGAAAAAAAGAAAAGAGGGGUUGUUUUAUACAUAAAAGAAGAUAUUCAUGCAGAAUUGUCAUUUAAAGAUCAAGAGGGGAGAGUCGUAGCGGUACAAAUUAUAAUUGGAAACAAAAAGAUCUUAAUAUGUAAUAUUUACGCCCCAAACGGCCCAAAAGCAAAAUUUGCGGAAAAAAUAAAAGAAAAGUUAGACAAAGAGGAAUUCGACGAAUUAAUUAUGCUGGGUGACUUUAAUGGAGUUUUGAAUAGUCAACUGGAUAAGAGUAAGAAAUUGAAAAGAGCACCAAAAGGUAAAAUCUCUACAUUACCAAAAAACUUUUUAGAUCUGAAGGAAGAAUUUGAAUUAAUAGAUGCAUGGAGAGAGAGGUAUCCGAAUAAAAAGGAUUAUACCUUCUACUCGGACAGACAUCAGUCAUGGUCGCGCAUAGAUAUGGUGUGGGUUACAAAUAAUCUUCUUACAUACAUUAUUGAAAUUUAUAUUCAACCAAGAGAGUACUCGGACCACUGUGCGGUGGAAAUGAUUCUGAAUCAUAAAUCAUACCAUCCUAAAUGGAGAUUAAAUGAAAACCUGCUAAAGAAAGAAGAGGACGCAAAAAAUACAAAACAAUCUUCAAGGAAUACCUAAAGAUAAAUAACACAGAGGGAAUGAAUAUCAACACAGUAUGGGAUGCCUCAAAGGCAGUAAUGAGAGGACAUUUGAUUCAAAAUAAUGCGAGAAUGGCAAAGGCAAAGAAAAAAAAAACCUAAUGGAUAUUAAAAGGAGAAUAGCUGAUAAAGAGUGCGCUCUAAAGAAGAAUCCGGAGGAUAAAAAAUUAGACAAAGAACUUAAAAAGUUAAACCAGGAAAAAUAUCAUUUGGAAUUAGAUGAACAAGUAAAACAAUUAAAAUUUAUUAAACAAAAUCAUUUCGAAAAUGCGAACAAACCGGGGAAAUGGCUAUCUAAGCAAGUCCGCAAAAAGAAACAAUCACAAAAAAUAGUAAGAUUAAUGAAAGGGGACAGAGUAAUAAAUACGGAUAAAGAGAUCCUAGACGAAUUUAAAAGUUACUUUGAAAAACUUUAUACAAAAGACCCGAUCUCAAAAGAGGAGAUAGCUAAUUAUAUAGGGAAAUUUAAGUUACCUAAGAUUUCAGAAUUACAGAGGGAAAAUUUAAAUAAAGAAAUAACAGAGGAGGAAAUUAUAGCGGCAAUUAAUAACAUGGACCCUAACAAAGCCCCGGGCCCGGAUGGGUACACAGCGGGGUAUUAUAAGGUUCUAAAGCAAGAAUUUAUUCCAUUACUCAAGAACGUUAUGAAUGGGAUAUUAAGAAAUCAAGGAAUACCGGAUUCAUGGAAAACAGGAGAAAUAAUAGUAAUUCACAAAGACCAAACGGAAAAGACAGACAUACGUAAUUACAGACCAAUUACACUCUUGAAUACAGAUUAUAAAAUAUUUACCAAUAUUCUAGCUACAAGACUGAAAUUUUUUUUAAACGAUUGGAUAGGGGAGGAACAAUCAGGAUUCCUACCUAAACGUAACUUAAAAGAUAACAUUAGAACGGUGAUCGAUGCAAUUGAAUAUUUUGAAACUAACCAUCAGAAGGAAGCGGCCUUCUUGGCAAUCGAUGCAGAAAAAGCAUUCGACAACUUGAAUUGGGACUUUUUUAAAUUGCUGAUGCAAGAAUUAGACUUAGGUUACCAAUUUAUGAACGCAAUUAACACGAUAUAUGAUAAGCAAUAUGCAAAAAUUCAAAUUAAUGGUAUAAUGUCGGAUGUAUUUGAAAUUGGGAAAGGAACCAGACAAGGUUGUCCCCUCUCCCCUCUCAUCUUUAUACUAUCACUGGAGCUUUUAUUAAAGGGUAUAAGAGAAGACAGCAGUUUAAAAGGACUAAAAGUGGCUAAACAAGAAUUUAAGGUGAGAGCAUUCGCUGACGAUCUAAUAGGUAUAAUUGAAAACCCAUGUAAAAAUUUAGAAAUAUGGCUGCAAAAAAUAGAGGAAUUUGGGAAACUAGCAGGCUUUCGAUUAAACAAGAAAAAAACAAUGAUCCUAACAAAGAAUGUAACAAAGAAGAAUCAAGAAUUAUUAACAAAAAAAACGGGCAUAAGUUGUGUGACUAAAAUUAAAUAUUUGGGAAUAUGGAUCACCUCAAAAAAUUCCCAACUCUUAACAAACAAUUAUACUAAUGUAUGGAAAGAAAUAAGGAAAAAUUUAGCAACAUGGAAAUUUUUAAAUUUAUCACUUUUAGGAAGGAUGUCCUUGGUCAAAAUGAAUAUUCUACCAAGACUUUUAUUCCUCUUUCAAAACAUUCCAAUAAUACGAAACAUUAAGUCAUUCAAAGAGUGGAAUAAGGAUUUAAUGAAGUUUGUUUGGAAGGGGAAGAAACCCAGGAUAAAAUAUACAGUAUUAAUUGACAAAAAAAACAGAGGAGGAUUUGGGUUUCCGGAUUUAAAACUGUACCAUGAUGCCUGUGCCCUCGAUUGGAUCAGACCAUGGAUGAAUCUUAACAAAGAAAAAAUACUUACAUUGGAGGGUCAUGAUCUGAGAGUGGGGUGGCAUUCGUACACUUGGUACGAAAGAGAGAAAAAAGAGAAAAAUUUUGGAAACCAUUUUAUUCGCUCCUCCCUAUUACGAAUUUGGCAAAAGUAUAAAAAAAAAUUCUAUCUAAAGACACCACUAUGGCUAUCCACUAUGGAAGCCAAACAAAGAAGACUCCUAGGUUGGUCUAAUUGGCCUACAUAUAAGACUUUGUUGGUAAAAGGCUCGGAAACUCUGAAACCAUAUGAAGAGAUAAAACAGAAGUUUGCGCAUAUCUCAUGGCUGCAUUACAUGCAAAUUAAGGAGGAAUAUAAUAAAGAUAAAGAGGUUGGGUUUUAUCAAAGUGAUCAAUUUUGGGACAAAAUUUUAGAAUCAGAAAAUAAGAUAAUCACAAAAAUUUACAAUAAAUUACUGGAGUGGUCAACAGAGGAGGAAACAAUAAAAAAGUGUAUGAUCAGAUGGGCAGAAAAUUUAAGAAGACCGAUAAUGCUGGCAGAAUGGGAAACUAUCUGGACCAAAAAACUAAAAUACACUUAUGCAAUGGACUUAAAAGAAAAUUGGCUAAAGAUGUUCCACCGUUGGUAUAUCACACCAAAGAAAUUAAAUCAAAUGUAUAAGAAUACCUCCAAAAAUUGUUGGAAAUGUGAGGACCAAGAGGGAAGUUUCUUCCAUAUGUGGUGGACAUGCAAAAAGACGAAAAUUUAUUGGGAGAAGGUCCAUAAUAUUUGCCAGGAAAUUCUUAAAAUCAAUUUCCCCAGAAAAGCGGAGUACUAUCUUCUGGGGAUAACAGACCAAUAUAUCCAUUUAGAGCCUAAUGACGAUAAAAUAUUUACAUAUCUUACGACAGCCGCCAGAAUUUGUCUUGCAAGAAGAUGGAAACAAAAUGAACUGCCGAACACAGAGGAAUGGCUACAGAAAGUGAGAGAAAUAAAAGAUAUGGACAAAUUAACUUUUUUAUUAAAGAGAAAUACAGGGACCCCGAUAAAAUAUACAGACUGGAGUAAAGUAGAAGAAUAUGAAAGGAAAAGCAAAUGAAGAUUCAAUCUGAACGAGCAGAAGAUUAACUUCUUCUGGGCAUCCAAUUUUCAAGUAACAGUCUAUUGAAAGCAAAGAAUCUGUGACACAGCCAACAGAAAGGCUAUCAUUCCUUUUAUUUUUGAAUGAUUGCCUUAAUUACGAAGGUGACUGAGGCUGAUCUAUAAUGGCUUUGUAUAUAUAGAUCACCCUCUUUUUAAGGAUUGGAGAAUAGGAAACGCAAAGGCAAAGAUGGAAGUCCUCUUUUUUUUUCUCUCUCUCUUUUGUGGAGGGGGGUAUUUUUUGAUGGGUUUUCUUUUUUUUUUUUUUUUGUAUUAACAGUCUUUAACUUUCUUCUCUACUAUCCUAAUCUUAAUUUCUGCACUUUCUAUAUCAAAAAAUGUUCUCACUCUUUCGAUGUAUUAAACUAAUCUUCAAUAAAUAUAUAUUAAAAAAAAAAAGA